AUGCAAAUUGCUUGUUCCCUGGUGAUGAAGACCAUUGUCUGUCUAAUCGCAACGAUUGAAUAUACAAGCAAAGUCCAAAGCGCUAACAACAGAGAUGAAGCCAAUAAUGAAGCCAAUGAUGAGGCCAGUGUUAAAGCCAGUGUUAAAGCCAGUGAUGAAGCCAGUGAUGAAGCCAGUGAUGAAGUCAGUGAUGAAGCCAGUGAUGAAGACGGCGUUUAA